AAACACGGCUACAUUUGGUGGUAGAGGAAGCCGUUCCCAUAAUCGCUCGCGUAGUUGGAUUUUUCAGAAAGAGACGGAGAGGAUUUUGGACUUCCUGAGGACAAGGCUGUGAGUGAGUUGUAGCCUGCCUCUCGUGCACAUUUUCACCUAAGGGGGCCCUCCAUCGAGGAUGACAAUGGAAGAGAUGAAGAAUGAAGCUGAGACAAGUUCGAUGGUCUCUAUGACACUAUACGCGGUUAUGUACCCUGUCUUCAAUGAGCUGGAGAGGAUAAACCUGUCAGCAGCACAGACACUGAGAGCAGCAUUCAUCAAAGCAGAGAAGGAGAAUCCAGGACUCACUCAGGACAUCAUUAUGAAGAUCUUGGAGAAGAAGAAUGUGGAAAUCAACUUCACAGAGUCGCUGCUCCGCAUGGCAGCCGAUGAUGUGGAGGAGUAUAUGAUUGAGAGACCGGAGCAGGAGUUCCAGGACCUGAACGAGAGAGCGCGGGCCCUUAAACAGAUCCUCAGUAAAAUCCCAGACGAGAUUAAUGACCGCGUGCGCUUCCUCCAGACUAUAAAAGACAUUGCAAGCGCUAUAAAGGAGCUUCUGGACACAGUCAACAACGUGUUUAAGAAAUAUCAGUAUCAGAACCGUCGGGCACUUGAACACCAAAAGAAAGAGUUUGUGAAAUACUCCAAAAGCUUCAGCGACACACUGAAAACAUACUUCAAAGAUGGAAAGGCAAUAAACGUUUUCAUCAGCGCCAACAGGCUUAUCCAUCAAACUAACUUGAUACUUCAGACCUUCAAAACUGUUGCCUAGGAGUGGCCGCGCAGUUUCUACAGGUGUGACUUUUAUGCGGGGGUAGGGGCACCUAUAUAUGUAAUAUACAAAAGGGUUUUUUUUUUUGUUUUGUUUUUUUUUGUUUUGUUUUUUUUUUUUUUGGAAAGUAUAAUUUAUAAACUUGGCCUCAUUUGGAGGAACUUGAGAUGAGAUAUUCAAGGCAAAAAUAUAUAUUAACUUUUCUCUUAGCUUCCUAAUCAUGAUUUCACCACUAAGACUGCUUCACUACCUGCUCUUUAUCUAUCGUUCCAAUCAAAUGAAAGCCAAAAGACUCCGCGCCUUAAAGUGUCAUGCAACAUUCCUUAUACAAAGUGUAAAUAUUGGUAUUCUGUCUCUGACAUACUGGCAUAACGGAAAAAAAAAGUAAGAAGUGAAAGUUAUGUAUUUAACAGAUAUUUGGUUGCAAAUGUUCAAUAAAUAGUUUCCAAAUGUUGAAAUUUUUAA